AUGGGUUUGAAUCGACCAGAACCAAGUUCAAUGCACGAAAAGGACGCUCAUCCUGCGAAGAGACGCAAGUACCCGCUCUCUACACCUGGUCCUAGUCAAGAGAAAAUCCAAGAUUUGUUGAUGGACUUCAAACCUUCGCAAUUACGGCAAGUCAUUGAUGUAGCCCUAAAAAGGGGCGAUGUUACAAGAUGCAUACGACAUAUUCAUGCUCGAUUCCCAGAAAAGUCGCCGAAUAAUGACCACCUCGAGCCAUUAGCUGAGGGUUGGAUACCGGUUAAAGACGAGGUCGUUGAGAGCAUCGAGAAAUCCACAAAGCCAGUGAGACAGUAUGCUCCUGUGCCAGUAUCACUGAAAACUCGACAACCACCAUUGCAACCACUUCCCGUAGAACAUAAGGAGAGCUUACCUGAAAACACCAUCCGGCCUUUCGUACACCUACCUAAGGUUACUAAUGGCAAUCUGCCCACUCCGAGGAACUCACAGGAACCAUUUCUAAAAGAAAUCCCAAUGACUCCAGAACCCUACCUUACCCCAGAGCCAAUGCUCGACACUCGUCCACCACCUCCUCUAAAUCCCGAAAUCAAUAUACAUCCAUCACCUCAAGCUAUUACAUGUAACUGUCGUUCCGGAUGCUCCUCCACCCGCUGCAAAUGUUACAAGUCCGGCCGUGGUUGUUCGCCCUCCCCUUCCUCUGGCUGCAAAUGCGAAUCUUGUGUCAACAUGCUCAACGAUCUAUCUUCCUUCUUUGGAACGCUGAAAUCUUCUCCCAAUUCUUCUACCAUUGCCAAUAUUACUGCUAGUUCGGAUCUUUUAAAAUGGAUUCGGAAAGAGUCGAGGAAUGGAAGAUUCGAUUUAAUUCAUAGAGAUACAAUAGAGGAAUUGAGGAGUAUGUUAAUGGGUGUUGAAUAUGGAUAUAUAUGGUCAGCACCCACAUUCGCGGUGUUUUCUUCGGGGAGACUGGGAGGAAUAGAAAGGGCAUGGAUGAGGGCCGACAUCACCGAUGAAGAAAGACAAUAUGUUAAGAAAGAGUUAUUUAAAGAGGCUUUUGGGGUGGUAGGGGGAAAAGAAACAGAACCGAAGAAGAAUUAUUGGUGUUUCUGUACGAACCAAUGGAAGCAGACUAUGCUCUGGGAGUAUUGUACGAAAUGUGAUGAGUGCAGAGAUAUUCGAGAAUGGCAUUGUAAGGGGUGUGGAAAGAGGACUAACGAAGAGAGUUGUGAUUGUAAGAAGGUGUUGAAUGUGGAGAAUGGGGUUCAGGCACAUGGUAAGCUGGGCCCAAAAGAUCAGUUGGCUGAUUCUGGUGGUUUGUCUAGACCGUCUUCUGCAUUGGGGUAG